AUGCCUCGGGGCGCCUUCUCCACAGCAGCGGAGUCCUCCGGUCUUACGCCGGAGCCGCGAAGAGAAAAGGCCUCGGCGAAGAAGGAGGAGGCGCCAUCCGCAUCACAGGCAUCCCCCUUGGCGUUUGCCUCGCGGAUAGGUGACCUGAUUGAGGUGAAACGGCUCCUCGAUGCGAAGUCAGACCCCAACUCGGUCGAUGCGGUGGGGGAGACUCCACUUUUUGAGGCAGCAGCCAGUGGGGACGUCAGUGUUUUGGCCAGCCUUCUCCUUGCAGGAGCCGAUCCACAGCAUCAGUCCUUUAUCGGCUCCUUGGCCAGUGACCUUUGCUCCAGCGAGGCGUGUGCCACGCUGCUGCGCCUUUGCUCCGGGGAGGAAGCUUCCCCUGCGGAGCGCGAGGAGGUGCUCCAGGCGCUGGCCCCAAACCUGCGGCCGCCUAUUCGGUCUUUCAUGCAAAGUCUCAGUGGGGAGCCGGACAGUGACGACGAAGCGCAUCUAGAUAUCGACUUCGAUGCGCCACCGGCCUUGAUUCGCAAAAACUAUGAUGACGAGGACGGGGAUGACUGGACCUUCGCAGCAGCCAUGGUCGAGCAGGCCCGGAAGUCGCGCGCGAAGCAGAGGCACAAGCGCAAUGUCCCUGUCGAGCCCAUCGAGCUUGUUGUAUGCCAUGCACUCAAUGACCGCCAGACGACGCUGAAACUAAUGAGCAACAGCACCUUUGCAGAUGCGAAAGAUGCUAUAUACCAGCGCUUGAAGGAGGAAGGGAAGUACUUCCGCAAGUUUUACUUCGUGAAGAAGGAACGCAGCACGUACCAGGCGUACAAGGACACAGACCAGAUUGGACACAUCCGUGAGGUCCGAUUGGUUGGUGCAGAUCUGCCUCUGGAGUCCAAUGCUGGAGCCCUGCUCUUUGGCGACUUGCAGGGAGGGGAGGUGCAAGAGUACAUGAGAACGAGUGCACUGAAGGCUGAGGCCUUCGGUGCCCGAGUUCCGCUUCGCAUUGCAGCAUCUCAGCGUGGUGGUCGAGGUGUUUUCGCGGGAGCUCCUAUCGCUGCAGGGGAGACCGUCGAAGUGUGCCCUGUCUUAGCCCUUCGACGUGAUCACAUUGAUGCAGACUGCGCCGGAAUGCGCUACUUUUUCACUUGUGUUCAGGCUUUCGCGACGCAGGGAAGCCUCCAGGGAAGAUUGCUGUACCUGUCGACCAUGCUCGAUCCUUGA